AUCAUCCAGCAAGCAUUUCAUCAGAGCAGCAAAUCUCACUCUUCUCUUCCAGAUUAACUCAAUCCAACCACCCACCAUGCAGGUUACUUCUAUGAUCGUUUUCCUUCUUACCGCCGCUACUGGCGCUCUCGCAGCCCCUGGCGGUUCACCACACCCACCUCCCAAGCCCCCCCCUCCUCCCCCUACCAACCAAAACACCAACGUCAACAACAACUGGCAGUCCAACAGCUGUGGUAAUGGCGCUUCGCCUUACUGCUGCAGCGGUACAACUGAUGCAUGGGGUUCAAACUACUGGAAGUGCUCUAACCUCAAUGACGUAUGCAACGAUGUCAUUGUUUGCUGCAACAACAAUAACAAUAUCAACAACCAACAGGGAAGCCAAAGCGACAACAACGACGGCAACCAGUCCUGCAGUGCCUUCGGACAGCAAAAGGUCGUCUACAACUAAAUUUGCAUACGGAAGCUCAAGGUCGGCAAUGGCCAUCUUAUUUUGUUGCCUCCUGUCCUUUUAGGUGGCUCAUUAUCCAAGCUUGCCGGCUAAGAGUAACUAUAACGGGUUGGAGAAUGAGCAGUGUCAUGUGGAAGAAUGAAAUUGGUUCUCUUCUAUUUGGGUCGUAGUAGCGUGGCUCUUCUGGGGCAGUCUUGACGAUCCGCUCACUCUCCUUAACUUUAUUUACACUGAUGUAGUUAUAACAAAAAGCAAAAGACAAAAUUGUUGGUUUAUCA